UCUGCUUCGGAAGCGGCUCUGCGACGACGCGACGUCGGUGUUUGUUCUGGAAACCGCCCGUCUUCGACUCCGCUCGACUCGCUCUCUCCGUCGUGGAAUCACUGGAGCUAAACGAGAAGAGUAAAAGCAGGCAGAGAUGGAGAAGAUGAAGAUUGAAGAGGUUCAAUCCACGACGAAGAAGCAGCGAAUCGCCACCCACACUCACAUCAAGGGCCUUGGCCUCGAUGCCAGUGGAAUGGCAAUGCCUUUGGCCUCUGGCUUUGUGGGUCAGGCAGAGGCCAGGGAAGCUGCAGGUCUCGUGGUCGACAUGAUACGACAAAAACGGAUGGCUGGUCGAGCGCUUCUUCUGGCCGGUCCACCUGGUACUGGGAAGACAGCUUUGGCCCUUGGAAUAUCCCAAGAACUUGGGAGUAAGGUACCAUUCUGCCCCAUGGUCGGAUCAGAGGUGUACUCUUCAGAAGUAAAGAAAACUGAGGUUUUGAUGGAAAAUUUUAGGCGGGCUAUUGGACUGCGUAUAAAGGAAAAUAAAGAGGUGUAUGAAGGAGAGGUUACUGAACUUUCUCCAGAAGAAACUGAGAGUGUGACUGGUGGCUAUGGCAAAAGCAUUAGCCAUGUGAUCAUUGGAUUAAAAACUGUCAAAGGAACAAAGCAACUAAAGUUGGACCCGACCAUAUAUGAUGCUUUGAUCAAGGAAAAAGUUGCUGUUGGUGAUGUCAUAUACAUUGAAGCAAAUAGUGGAGCAGUCAAAAGAGUCGGUAGAAGUGAUGCUUUUGCAACAGAAUUUGACCUUGAAGCAGAAGAGUAUGUCCCACUUCCUAAAGGAGAGGUUCAUAAAAAGAAGGAGAUAGUUCAGGAUGUAACAUUACAUGAUCUGGAUGCUGCAAAUGCACGGCCUCAAGGUGGACAGGACAUAUUAUCUCUAAUGGGUCAGAUGAUGAAGCCUAGAAAGACAGAGAUAACUGACAAGUUAAGGCAAGAAAUAAAUAAGGUUGUUAACCGCUAUAUUGAUGAAGGCAUUGCUGAGCUCGUUCCUGGUGUUCUAUUUAUUGAUGAGGUACAUAUGCUGGAUAUGGAGUGCUUUUCAUACCUGAAUCGUGCUUUAGAAAGCUCACUAUCACCAAUAGUGAUCUUUGCCACAAAUAGAGGGAUAUGUAAUGUUAGGGGGACUGAUAUGACUAGUCCUCAUGGCAUUCCUGUUGACUUGUUGGAUCGUUUGGUGAUUAUUCGAACACAAAUAUAUGGUCCUGCUGAAAUGAUACAGAUUAUAGCAAUUCGUGCUCAGGUGGAGGAAUUGGUUGUGGACGAAGAAAGUUUAGCCUAUCUGGGAGAAAUUGGUCAACUGACGUCCUUAAGGCAUGCAGUACAGCUGUUAUCACCGGCCAGCGUUGUGGCCAAGAUGAAUGGGCGAGAUGGCAUUUGCAAGGCGGACCUUGAGGAAGUGACUUCUCUGUACCGUGAUGCCAAGUCUUCAGCAAAGUUGCUUCAGGAGCAGCAGGAAAAGUACAUCUCAUGAAAAUUUUGCAACUUAUGAUGUUGGAAAGAUGCCAUCCUUCAAAUGGUGUUGGUGUCUCGGGUAAAAGUUGGUGGUCCUCGCUUCAAAGAAUUCAGCUUCUCCUUUUGGCUGCUAGAUUGUCGUACAGAAGGCUAAUGGCGGAAGUGACUUACGAGUGGAUGGCUGAAAUGUCUCUUUUGAUUCUUGAGCAGCUAGGCACUGAUUUUAGUGUAUGAUCUCUUGGUCUGUGAGGCAAUAUGAUUUAUCUCUGGUCUUUGGGCAUGCUAGAUCGUCCACUCAAGGUGAUUCGGGUAUGUCGUGGUAAA